AUGGAUACUUGGUUGUUAUUACAGGCCUUUCUCUGCUUUGCCACACUAGCCUUCAUCAUCACCAAAAUCCUCCCCAACCCACGCCGCGGGCCGAAACCCAAACUUCCCCCGGGCCCAAAGCCAUGGCCCGUGAUCGGCAACCUCCACCUGAUCAGCCACAUUCCCCAUCAAUCCCUCCACUCCCUAUCCCAAAAAUACGGCGAAAUAAUGCUUCUAAAAUUUGGUACAUUUCCCGUGAUUGUCGCCUCAUCCCCUGAGAUGGCCAAACAGUUCCUAAAGACGCACGAUGCAGUUUUCGCCUCCCGACCUCCACUCUCCGCCGGCAAGUACAUAUCCUUCAACUACUCUGACGUGGGCUUUGCCCCGUACGGCCCGGAAUGGCAGCAGGCCCGCAAAAUCUUCACUUCGGAGAUUUUCAACGCCAAGAGUCUGGAAUCAACCGAGAAGAUUCGGGCUGAGGAGAGCAGUAAUCUCAUUUCCCGACUAUUUUCCCUGUCGGGAGAGCCCGUCGUGCUGAGGGGCCACUUGAUGCGCUACACCCUCUUGAUCGUAUGCCGUAUGGUCUUCAACGAUUUUAACGAGCCAUCAAAUGAAAAGGGUGUGGAAGAAUUGGAUGAGCUGCUGGGCUUGCUUAACGAGUGGUUUCUCCUUAGCGGGGUGUAUAAUAAUAUUGGGGAUUGGGUGCCGUGGCUCGAUUUUCUUGAUCUUCAGGGGUACGUGAAGAGGAUGAAGGCUUUGAAUAGGAAGCUCGACCGAUUUCUUAGCUAUGUGAUUGAUGGUCGUAAGGCUAGGAAAAUGGGUGAUGAUCAGAGAACGUUGAAAGACGUUGUGGAUGUGUUAUUGCAGCUUUCUGAGAAUCCAAAUCUUGACGUUAAGAUGACAAAUGAUCGUGUCAAGGCAUUAGUACAGAACCUACUGGUCGGAGGCUCAGACACCUCAGCAACCGUAGUCGAGUGGACAAUCCUCGAACUCCUCAAACACCCUCACGCAAUAGAAAAGGCUAGAGACGAGCUCAACAGGGUCAUCGGGAGAAACAGAUGGGUAAACGAGUAUGACUUCUCUAAACUACCCUACGUAGAAGCCAUCAUCAUGGAGUCGCUAAGACUACACCCAAUCUCCACUCCACUCGUGCCACAUUACGCGCUCAAAGACUGCAAAGUCAAAGGCUACGACAUAUCAAAGGGAACAACUGUCCUAAUCAACACGUGGAGCAUCGGGCGGGACCCACAGGCUUGGGCUGCGCCCGAGGAAUUCUCCCCCGAGAGGUUUUUAGGCAAAGAGGUAGACUUGUUGGGUGGCGAUUUUGUGCUUUUCCCGUUUGGGUCGGGGAGGAGGAGAUGUCCCGGGUAUAACCUCGGGCUUAAGAUGGUCCGAACGACGUUGGCUAAUUUGCUACACGGGUUCGAUUUGAGAUUGAUCGAGGGCACGAGCCUUGAGGAUAUGUGCAUGGAAGAGGAGUAUGGCCUGAGUACACAUCUCAAAAUCCCUAUUUCCAUUAUUAUGGAGCCUACUCUUCCAAGCCAUCUUUAUUAAAAGCCUUUUAAGCUUUGGUUAUUAUUUAUGAUGUCAAAAGAUGUUAGUAUAUAUACCAUUUCUAUGAUGGUUGUUGUUGAUGAGCCACAAAUCCCAAAAACACAUAUAGUACAGGUUGGACCUAAGGGAGAUUUGGGGAUCAUAAUUACCUUAUACUUACUCGUGGAAACUUGUCAUGUUAUGCAGCUAUAAUUGUCUUCUUCGUUCAAGAAACUUGUAAUUUUUGUGACAAUAAUAUUUUUGGCCACCAUUUGUAUGCGCCAACGAAAGUGUGAACCUAGGAAUUAGUUAUAGGAGAAGUGGGAGAUGUCACCUCCCGGACUUGGAUUGCUACAAUUUUGUAAUGUACAGUCUACAUUUAGUAAUUUUCAUAUGAAUAGGUACAACCGGGUUCAACAACAUGACCUGAUGACCUGACGUUUGAAAUCGGUAACUUGAGACAAGCCUGGG